CUUCCCCCUGAGCUUAGCGCUCGGUUUUCAUUUACUGCUGCGUCCUAUUCAAAGCCUCCUCUGAGUGCCGCCAACUCCUCUACACUACCCUACGAACCAGAGUACCUGACUCCUAUCCGAUCCGAUCAUGGACGUGGACACGUCGCCCUCGUCCCCCUCCUCCGUGGACGCCUCCAGAUACGACCUGAAGCGGACCUCCAGCACUGUCAUGAAGGGCGAGACGGACAUGCUCGACAGGGCAGGCGCCGUAGAGCGGCUUGAAGAUAUUGAUUUGGAUGGUGUGGAUAAGAAACAUCUCGAGAAGGUUGUAUGGAGGAAGUUGGACAUGCUCUUGUUGCCGAUGGCGACAAUGUUCUUCUUCUUGUCGUUCUUGGAUAGAGGAAAUAUUGCGAAUGCGAAGGUGGCGGGUAUGCAGACGUCACUGAAUAUGUCGAACUACGACUACAGCAUUGCUCUCACUGUCACAUACAUACCAUACAUCCUUACUGAAAUCCCUUCCAAUCUCAUCCUUCGAUACGUUGGUCCUCACUUGAUGUUGCCGGGCAUGGUCGCUAUCUGGGGAAUUAUUGCGACUCUGCAAGGAACCGUCACCUCCUACGGCGGACUGCUUGCAUGCCGCUUCUUUCUUGGGCUAGUCGAAGGCGGUCUCCCUCCCGGUCUCACGAUCUACCUUGCUACUUUCUAUCCGCGCGAGAAGCUACAACUUAGGAUCGCGACCUAUUUUGCGGCAUCGUCCCUUUCAGGAGCUUUUACUGGUCUACUCGCGGCCGCGAUCACGAACAUGGAUGGUGUAGGCAACAAGCCGGGUUGGGCCUGGAUAUUCAUAUUGGAGGGUCUCUUCAGUUCUGCUUUCGGCUUCCUGUGCUUCUUCAUUCUCCCCAAGUCCCCAGAGACGACCAGCAUCCUUUCACCGACCGAACGCGCUUAUGUCGUCUAUAGACUUAAGCAAGCUGGUUCGGCGUCUAGCGAUGAGAACGAGGACAACUUCAGCUGGAGGGAGGUCAGGAUAGCCCUGAAGUCUCCCCAGGUGAUAUUCGGCACUCUGAUGAGCGUCUUGAUGGGUAUAACGCUCUAUGGGCUUGCCUAUUUUGAGCCCAUCAUUGUGCAAGGUUUGGGGUAUGCUGGCAACCGUGCGCAGCUCAUGAGCGCGCCACCGUUCGCAGUGGCGUUUGUCCUAUCUUUGGCUUCGGCCUUUGCGGCCGACCGCUUUGGUAGACGAGGCGCGGUCGCCAUUUUCUUCGCUUGCUGGUCUAUCGUUGGUUAUUCCAUUUACCUUGACGAGACCAACUCCAAACAUGCACAGUACGGCGCUCUCUUCCUCGCUGUUCCGGGAACGUAUGCUGCCGCACCAGCUGUUAUGACCUGGAUGGCAAACAACAGCGCGCCACACACUCGACGUGCGACGUCUAUUGCGCUUGGAUUCGUCGCUUCGAAUAGCGGUGGCAUAAUUGCCACUUGGCUUUUUGGGACGCUUUCGCCUGCGCCUAACUACACGGCGGCAACGAUCGUCUGUCUCUCGAGCAGCGCUGGUGUACUGGUGCUUGCGGCUGCGAACUGGGUCUAUCUGGCCAAACAAAACUUGGAUAAGGCAGCGCGACGGGAAGAGAUGGUGACGACUGGUGGCUCGGAGGCGAAGGGGAUGGGGGAUAAGAGCGCGUUUUUUGUGUAUAACCUGUGAGGAACUGCUUUGUGGUGCUUGAGCUUGAUGGUGCUUGGAAGCGUGCUUGGCACGACAAAAGGAACAUGGCUAUGUUUAUACGCACUAUACUAGAAGUGUAGUAAUCGUUGCGGCCUGUAUUUCG